CGAGAGACUUUCCAGCGACGAUGGCGAGAGACCUUUCUUACCUCUAUCUUUGUGUGUUGGUGCUUGGGGUCUAUGGAGUUUACCGGCUCUUGCAGGUGGGGAGACGCGAUCCAAGAAUGCCAAAGGGUCCCCCUACGCUACCAAUCUUGGGGAACUUUCACCAGAUUCCAUCUACUGGAAUGUACAGACAAUUUCGCGAAUGGGCCAAAGAAUAUGGCUCUGUCUUCUCAUUGAAGUUCGGGCCUUCAAACAUCAUUGUCUUAUGCGAUCGAGAGGCUAUUCACGAACUCAUCGACAAGAAAGGGAGCAUUUACUCCGACCGUCCCACAACAUACGUCGGCAAUCUUUUGACAAAAGGAGAUCAUAUUGCAAUUUCUCAAGCGGACGCCCUCUGGAGAGAGAAGCGAAAGGUGAUUGCACACAACUUCUCUCCAAAAAUGCUGGAUGAAAAGCAUUUCAAAGUACAAGAGGCCGAAGGCGUCGUUUUGAUGAACGACCUUUUGGUAAAUCCAGAAGGAUUCUUCAACCAUAUCCGUCGAUACACGGCUUCGGUGGCGGCCACCUUAGUCUACGGCCAACGAGGCUCCACUUUUGACUCUUUCUGGGCUCAUGGGGUGUUUGACGUUAUGGCCAAGUGGACGGAAUGUAUGGAGCCAGGUGCCAACCCACCGGUAGACGAGUAUACAUUUUUACAAUUCAUACCUGCUAAGUUUGCACAUUGGAAGAAGCGGGCAUUGCAGGCGGGAGAUACUAUGGACGCGGUAUGGGAUCGAGCACGCGAAAUCAUAGACACACGAAGGGCAAAAGGCGACAAACGUGACUGCAUAGCCGACCGCCUUCUGGAUGAGUAUCACGAAAAAGGCUUCCCGAUGAGUCAACACGCGUUCAACAACCUAAUCGGGGAGCUUGUCGAAGGGGGCGCGGAUACCACAGCAGCUCAACUACUAACAAUGGUUCUGGCUCUUGCACGAAAUCCCUGGGUUCAGAAGAAGGCGAGAGGAGAAAUUGAUGCACUGUGUGGAGCCUCUCGAUCACCACAAAUGAGCAAAGACUUUGCAUCGCUUCCUUACAUCAAUGCCGUUGUCAAAGAAGGUAUGAGGUGGCGACCUGUAGCUGUCACCGCACUCCCUCACAAAGUCAGACAAGAUGAUUACUACAAGGGGAUGCUCAUUCCGAAAGACUCAACUAUUUUUAUUCCUACUUGGGCUAUCCAUCACAGCGCGGACAUCUAUCCAGACGACGAGGCGUUCAACCCCGACCGAUUCUUGAAUUACCCGAAAUUGUCUAGCGAGUAUGCUGGUAGCGCGAACUGGAAGGAGCGAGAUCACUAUGGAUAUGGAGCUGGUCGAAGAGUGUGCCCUGGAAUGCACUUGGCCGAGCGCAAUAUGUGGCGCAUUACGUCUAAGUUACUUUGGGCUUUCGACAUCAGUGAACCGAUCGAUCCUACUACUGGCGAGACAAUUGAGCUAGAUCCGAAUGCCUAUAACCCGGGUAUUACGCAGGCUCCCCUUCCAUUUCGGGUCAGAAUUACACCGCGCAGCCAAGAGCACGCAACCGUUCUUCAAAAAGAGCUCCAAGCUGCUCUGGAAUUUUUGGCGCCGUUUGAAUCGAAAGAAUGAGAGGCAAUCACCUACUAGUGGGGCUGCGUUUGUGGGGAUUGAGUCCGACAUCAUGACCUCUCCAGAGUCUUCAGGUGGACAGAACCACGCACGAGAAUGAUCUCAUCCAUGUCCUUGAUUCUAUGGCUAACUCUUAUGGAUUGUGGGGUGUGAAGUCUCGGGAUCUAUGAGAUGGAAAUAGGCAAGAGGCUUUCAAUCAAUGAGAGACCGCUUCUGUUUGUUUAUUCCUCUGGAAAAUUGAAGGAGGAAAAAGAAAGAAAAAACAAGUUGGGAAAGUCCUUUUGUAAAAUGGCAUAAGAAUGUCAGGGC